ACACUUGAAAAACAGUCUAAGCAUGGUAGAAAACUCGCUACAACUCCACCGCUACUGUCUUCUCCGUACGUAACACAACCGGUCAUCGGCCGGUACCAAGUUCACAUUACAAACCAAAAGAGAGGCAAAAGUAAAGCUGCAGCAACCACAACAGUUUUCACUCAUAAUAAUCAACACUUUACUACUAUUUUCAUUCCCUUCUCAUUAUAGCCAAUUACUAUCACUCACAAAUUCAACUUCAAUUUCAUCCCUCACUGAAAAAAACUUCAGUUUUUACCUCCCCACCAUUUUUUCCGAUGAGCCGGUUCUCAGAAGAUCGCGUUAUUUGAAAACGGUGAAGCAGAUAUGGACACGAGGCGUUAAUAUAUCUCGAGUUUCGCGCGUAUUUGCUCACUGUUACUGACACUGACGAAGAAUCCAAUUCUAUACUCAGUUUUUCACUCCUCGUCUUCUUUCUGUCCAAGUGAUGCUGACGUGUAUAGCUCGAUCAAAACAACCCGGUGAUGACUCACCGGGUCAACCUGCUAACUCCGCCACCGCUACUAAUCCCACCACUAAACAAGAGCACCAAGCCAUUAAAUCUCUUACUUCUCAGCUCAAGGACAUGGCAUUGAAAGCCUCCGGAGCAUAUCGGCACUGCAAUCCAUGCACAGGACCGACGAGUCAAAACAGAGUCAGAGUCAACUCAAACGAGUCAGACGCCGAGUCGGAAAAAUUCCGCUGGUCACUGCGGCGGACGGGAAGCUCCAGCUCCACGACGCCGAGAGCGUGGGGAAAGGAGAUGGAAGCUAGGUUGAAAGGAAUAUCGAGUUCUAGCGGCGAAGGAACGCCGAACUCUGUAAACGGUAGCGGGCGUCGGGUCGACCCGCCGAUUGUGUUCGUUGAAGAAAACGAACCGAAAGAAUGGGUGGCCCAGGUGGAGCCGGGUGUUUUAAUCACUUUUGUUUCGCUGCCACGCGGAGGGAAUGAUCUUAAGCGGAUACGCUUCAGUCGAGAUAUGUAUAACAAAUGGCAAGCUCAAAGAUGGUGGGCGGAGAAUUAUGAUAGGGUCAUGGAGCUCUACAAUGUCCAGAGGUUGAGUCGUCAGGCCUUUCCGCUUCCAACACCCCCGAGAUCUGAAGAUGAGAGCUCAAAGAUGGAGUGUGUUGAAGGCAGUCCUGUAACACCGCCACUUUCCAAAGAACGGUUACCUCGUAAUUUGUAUAGACCAACAGGGAUGGGAAAAGGAUACUCAUCAUCGGAUUCACUUGAUCAUCAUCCAAUGCAAUCUCGACACUACUCUGAUUCCACCGGUCUCACCUCCACCCCGAAACUGUCCAGCAUUAGUGGGGCCAAGACAGAAACAUCAUCAAUGGAUGCUUCUAUUAGAAGUAGCUCAUCAAGGGAUGCAGACCGGUCAGGAGAACUGUCAAUCAGCAAUGCGAGUGAUAUGGAAACCGAAUGGGUUGAACAGGAUGAACCGGGAGUUUACAUAACUAUCAGAGCCUUGCCAGGUGGCAAAAGGGAGCUCAGAAGAGUUAGAUUCAGCCGGGAGAAAUUUGGGGAGAUGCACGCCAGAGUUUGGUGGGAAGAGAAUCGAGCAAGAAUACACGAACAAUACUUGUAACUAAGCUGAAACAAGAAUGGCUCGGGCGGUACUGUCUACUAUGGGGGUGUGUUUUAUUCUUCUCUAUCUCUUUCAUCAAUUUUCUCUUCAAUGUCCAUACUAGUAGAAUCCCUUCUAUAGAGAAUCUAAAAUAUGGGUGCUGCUGGCACCUCUGGUUUUUUGUGGGACCCUUUGCAUCGUACGAUCGAUCAAUUCCGAUCAGUCAAAGCUAAUGAAGUUACUCAACCUGCUAAAAUGCAUGAGCACAAAAUCUUGGGAGAUUGGGAAUCAUGUACUUGAUUAAUCUUUAUUCUAAUAGUUUCUUUUAUUAUCUUUUUCUUGCAAUGGUAGAUAAAGAGCAAGACUUGUGUAAUUUUGAGUUUAAUUGGUGGGCAAUGAAAGAAUGUGUUUUUUUUU